CAUCAAUUCUUUGAAUGAGCAUUGCUUGACGUGAUGCUGAUUCCAGAAGUGCACAGGAGAGAAAAUAAGUUUUCUGGAUCAAUAAAACAGAUACAGUAAACGAAGAAGCAGUACGGUAGGUAUUCAAAUACUGUUGUAUUGACUCAGCAACAUCAUCACAAUGGUAAGUAAAGACUUGUUUUGGUAUUUUGAUCUGUAGAUCUAUUGUCUCAAGUAUAUUUGACUUUUGUUGUCUUCCCAAUUGGUAUUUCGUUUUCUCUCCCCGCAUAUGACGUUGCGUUUCGGAACUGCUAGCCGAUGAAAAGUAACACCAGCAAUAGCAAUAACAACCGAGGCCGCUUUCUUCUUGGCAGGGCGGGUGCUUCGUUGCGACGAUCGCAGAACAAAUCCAACAAACAGGGAAAAACUGCUGCGGGAGGAAAGCUAGGGCGUGAUAGACCUCGAUUGUCACCGCUGAAAGAAAAUGUGCCAAGUAGGUCGAUGAAGACAAAUACAUCUCUUACACUACGUGAACGCGAACAACACGUAACGUUCCAUUCCAAUCAAUCCUCUGUUCCGAUACGGAGCAACAAUUUUUUUCAUUCCACUGGUUUUUCUCAGGCAGAGAUCUAUGAUCUGGAAGAAUCUUUCAAAUUAUUUGAUAUCUACGGAGAAGGCAAUGUCCAAGUAGGAGAUUUACGGAGUAUUCUAGCGGUUCUCAAGCAGGAACAGCAGCAACAACAAUCAUCUACAGCAGGAACCAAGUAUCCUUAUUUGGAUAGGCUAACGUAUCAUUUGUCAGAACUAUCAGAUGAAGAUACCCUUCACAUGGACGAAUACAUACAAUUGAUGGCCAGCACGACUAUUACAAAUUCCAUCGUUCUUGACAACAAGGGUGAGGAGAAUCAGAGUAGCCAACAUUUUUCUCGUGUUUUUGAAUUGUUCGAUACAGAAGGGAAGGGGUAUAUCACCAUAGAUGAUCUGGAAAGAAUUGCCAUAGAACUGGGAGAACACGACAUGACCAGAGGAGAAUUGCAGGAAAUGAUCGACCGGGCCCGUGGUGGCAGUGAUAGCAAUGGGAAUGAAGUAGUGGGAAUCGAAGAUUUUACACGGAUGAUGACAAUGAGCCUCUUCCCAUCCAAGGACGAUAGGGGAGAAUAUGAAGCAAAAUGAAACGUGAUUGUUUGACAAGAAGGAAGUACCUAUGGAAUUUAUGAGUAAUCAAUAAAGUUAUGUUCUUGUAGAUGCACAAAUAACAGAGCAUUUUCCAG